AUGCCGGAAGCCCAACCUACUUCCGUCUUCUCCGAGGAGGUCGUGGUCAAGAUCAUCAGCGACGUCUUCGACCGCAACGUCGGCUUCAGCACGUACAACUUCCAGGAGUCGAUCAGCUGGAACCAGAAAUGCGUUGAAGAGAUCGUCUCCGAGCUGAUCAAGCUCGACCGCCCGUACAAGUUCACCGUGUCGGCCUCGCUGUUCCAAAUCGGCAACGGCAGCGGACUGAACGUGUCCACCGUGUCGUACUGGAACAAGGAGACCGAUGUGAUGUAUACGCACCGCUGGGAGGGUCGCCACAUGUCUGCCAUCGUCAACGUGUUCGCCGUCGCUUAC